AUGUCAUGUAACUGCCACUUAUUUCCUGGAUUGCUCUUCUUUUAAGUCAAGUCCCCAACAGCAGCUUAUCUUCUGUGCUCUUUCUCAUUUUGACAACAAUGACCCACCCAACGGAUUAUUUUUUACAACCUCGGUCAGAAAGUGGCCAGGACCUACACACCCAGGAGAGCGGUGAUGCUGGCCUCUCCUCCAACAUGGAGCACAAGUUCAGUGAAAAUUACAAUGAAAGUGCUUUUCCUGUAUCAGAUAAAGGCAGCUUAGUCAUACCCAUUCCUAAAGGGGAACUAGACCUCUUUGAGCGCCCUUGGAAGAUAGGUAAGAUCUGGUCAAACCCAUCAGAGUUUUGGAAUGCUGCUGGUCCAAAGGCAGAGCUGCACCCUGUGUCUGCUGAGGAGGGGUUCUUAAAACCGCCCACUCUAGCUGUGGUUCAAACUAAAUACUUUCCACCACAAGCCACCCUGAUAGCCCUGCCAGAGAACAGUCCGGAAGAGGACAAUUUCAUGGUUUUACCCGGAACAAAAGCCAUUACAGAGAGGCAGCCAGACAAGGAGGUGGUAACAGAGGAUAGCUGCAUCAUGGACACCAAGAUGGACACCGGGGUAAAACCAAAAGGUCCAUUACUGGUUGCUGGAGAAGGGAGAAACAGCAACCACCGCAGGAAAAGAGCUGCUGGGAAGAACCGGAAAUUGUACCUUCUAUGUUGGAUGGUAUUCAUGUGUGUUCCUGUCUCUGAGGGCUUUCCUGGUGCUCAACCAGCAGCAGACCAAAAGCUUAAGUGUUUUACCUGCAUGGACAAGGACAGAUGUCUAAAGUUGAUGACCAUAUCUAGCACUUAUGACACUCCUGUCUACAAAAGAGACCUCAAUCAAACAUUUCCAGGAUGUUCUGAAAUCUCUCCACCUACUCCUAAGAGUUGUGCUGUGUGCCGUGACCAACUCAAGAUCACCAUCAUCUGCUCAGACGACGUUGGAGGAUUGGAGUUGGAAGAUAGUGAUGGAGGACAGAUCUUAAACAUCUCUUCAGUCUGUGCUCAACCAGCAGCAGACCAAAAGCUUAAGUGUUUUACCUGCAUGGACAAGGACAGAUGCCUAAAGUUGAUGACCAUAUAUGGCACUUAUGACACUCCUGUCUACAAAAGAGACCUCAAUCAAACAUUUCCAGGAUGUUCUGAAAUCUCUCCACCUACUCCUAAGAGUUGUGCUGUGUGCCGUGACCAACUCAUGAUCACCAUCAUCUGCUCGGACGACGUUGGGGGAUUGGAGUUGGAAGAUAGUGAUGGAGUACAGAUUUUAAACAUCUCUUCAGUCUGUGCUCAACCAGCAGCAGACCAAAAGCUUAAGUGUUUUACCUGCAUGGACAAGGACAGAUGUCUAAAGUUGAUGACCAUAUCUAGCACUUAUGACACUCCUGUCUACAAAAGAGACCUCAAUCAAACAUUUCCAGGAUGUUCUGAAAUCUCUCCACCUACUCCUAAGAGUUGUGCUGUGUGCCGUGACCAACUCAAGAUCACCAUCAUCUGCUCGGACGACGUUGGAGGAUUGGAGUUGGAAGAUAGUGAUGGAGGACAGAUCUUAAACAUCUCUUCAGUCUGUGUACAGCAGCAGACCCGUGGAUAUGUUGGAUUGAUCCUUAGCGCUGUCGUCUUUUUGAUUGUGGUGACAGCACUGGUGAUCCGUUGCUGGCAGAAAAAACAGGACUGAAAAUGGUUGACAGUGAAGAAUACUGCAUGAUUAAGAAGAAGACAGCAGAGGCCAUUCUCUUGCCAUGCCAUUUUAUUUCCAUUUAAUAAUCUCUAGCUUUAGCUGCCAUAUACUGUAGAUAUCAUAUAGAAAAUAGUUGUGAAGGGUAUUUUUUAUUGUAUACUCUUUGGGACAAUUGCUGAUAACAGAGCUGCAACUCAUGAUUGAUUUAAUUAUUGAUUCAUCUGCUGAUUAUUUUCUUGAUUAAUCAAUUAAUUGUUUGGUCUAUAAAUUGUCCAAAAAUGAAAAAAACAUCACAAUUUCUUAAUGCCUAAGGUGAUGUCAUCACAUUGCUUGUUUUGUCCAAUCAACACUCAAAAGCCCAAAUAUAUUGAGUUUACUAUUACACAAAACAAAGACAAACAGCAAAUCAUGAGAAGCUGGAACUAUCGUGAGCUUUUGGCCUUUUUUUUCCAAAAUUACUUAAAUGAUUGAUCAGUUACCAAAAUAACUGCAGAUUAUUCCUGUUUCGAUCAAGUAAUCGCUUAUUUUGACUAAUCAGCUUCCAGCUCUGCUUGAUAGCUGAUAAUGAUGUUUGAAAUUUGUGAGCUUUCUGCAAAAAUGGCCUAAUGAAUAUAUGUACCUGCCAUCCUAAUAAAAAAUGGCUUUAAACAA